GGGCCUUUCAGUCGGAUUGUGGUCGUUGAGCGGCCGAGGUGUGUACCGUCGGGUUUCCACGAGUCUUACCGUUGUUGUGUUUCAGUGAGCGUGAAGUGGAUUCUGGAACUGGCAGAAGGUGAUCGGGUCAAGAGAAGAUGAUCGCUCUUGAUAGCUAAUUAGCAUUCGAUCGAAGGUGUUUUGUGGAUUCUUAUUGGGAUAUUCGUACGAUUGCGUAAUCUGUGAAUAUAUGUGCUGAUUCAGGUAGUUUGAUCAUUUUGAAUUGCUCGGAUUGUUUUCAUGAGCAGGAAGUGAAUGGCGAUCGAAAAGAAAACCGAAGAAACAGGAAAAUUCUUCUGUCCUUCUUCUAACGGCCGUUGCGAGUGAUACAGUGUGCAAUUACUGUUAUAAAGAAUUACGGUUCAUAGGCAAGAUAAUUUGUGUAACGAAGUGAUCGCCGCCAAUUUGCCUCUUCGUGGAUUGAGAUAUUGGGCAAGGAAGAUCAGCAGAAUAAGAAGAAGGCGAAUAAUAGAAGAAAAUUAGUGGUGCAGCAAUAUCAGAGUAUUCAAACGAGAUUGUCAGAGUGGAUUACUUUACGAACACCAGUCUCAGAAACAGAGUGGCUGGGCGAAGGAUUUUCUCAGCAAAGUUGGAAUUUCUGCUAAUCUCUCUGUUGUAGUGUUGUAAGCACCAUCGCUGCUGGACGCGCGUUGCCAAUCGUUGAAACUGUAAAGCGGAGAAGGAGGUCCAAAAGGAAUUGCAAUUCAUCCAACCAAUGACCCAUCUGUAUUCAUAAACCUACAGAUAAUGUGAUUCUCAUCAUUUACCCCGCCUGGAUCGACGACGACUGGUGAGCUGGAAUUCACCGCGGUAGAUCACAAGUUUGGUCUAUGAGUGCACACCAGGCGCAAUGGCACUGCGAUUGCGCAAGGAUGUCCAAAAAGCAUCCUAUUAUGUGUGGUUUCUCGGAGCACAGGAAGCGAAAGGCCUGCGAGGAUCCCGGGUUCUUUUGCCGGUGAUUCCUCGGCUCAUCGAGAAAUCCAAAGAACAUGAACCACUGAAAGUUACGCUCCAAGUGUCGCAUAAGGGGCUGAAAAUCAUUCAAGGACCGGCCAAACACUUCAUCCCCCAUGGUGCUAUAACAUGUUCUGUGCAGACAGACGAUAUUGUAGCGUGCAUCCUUCUAUUAUACAACCCGGCCACAAAAUGCCCUUUGCACGUGCACGCGUAUCGGUGCGACUCGGAAAUGACCGCUCAAGCCCUCAAUGAACAGCUGCAGAUACUGAUCAAUAGACCCGAAAACCAGAAGAGAUUUGCUGAGCUAGAAACUAGACUGGGCUUACCAGCGCAAUUAGCAGCAUCGGUUAUGAGCGCGGGUCCGGAAAGAAAGCCCCAGCAUCACCAUCAGCAUCAGCAGCCGCCCCAGCAGCAGCAUCCAGCGCAGAUGUCGAGGAGGUUCGAUUCGCCGCGCCGGUUUGAUUCAUCGCACGGAAGUGACACCGGCACUAGCACCAGGGAAUCAGAAUGCAGUGAGGAACAACAGCACUCGCCAACGUCACCCAUAUCGCCCAUUUCAAGCCAAUCCAAGCUUUACGACUCCCUGGCCGCUGAACUGCGCGAGAAGCUUAGUGGAGGUGUACCCUUGCUGCUGCCGACUCGGGAGUGCGAUAAGCCCAACAGCAAUAACAACGACUCGCGCAGAUGCCGCAAUCCAUGCAUCGUUGGAUCACUACCUUCACUCGGCAAUAAGCAAGGAGUGUCGUCUCGGGGAUCCUCUGGAAUCGGAUCGGACCUGGCACCCAGCCCAGAACGCCAAGAGGCGCAUAGCUCCAGCGAGGAAGAGUGGGUUAACGAUCAGGAAACGCAGUUCGGCGUUUCUCCACAUCAGGCGUCAGCAAGAACGAAGGAGCGUUAUGUCGAGGAGCAGCAUGUGCCCCAAGUGAGUAAGUACCGCGAACCUCCGACGUCAUAUCUGUAUCCAAACGUUCGACAAGAACCUCAAGGACGCUUCCAGCGGUCAUCCAGCCGAGAGGAAGACCAUAGCUUGCGGGGAUCCGUAAACUCUCGCGAGGAGGAGGUGAAGCCGAUCAUAACUAAGCCAACUCCUCUGCAAAACCGAUUCAGAGAAGCUUUCGGUAAUGAAGACUAUAUGUUGGAGGACCGUAAAAAGAAGAUCACAAUCGAUGAUAAACGCUAUGAACAGGAGGACGAUCGUAGAAAAAGUAGACAUCAUGAGGUUGAUAGAGGAGAAAAUUAUAUGUACAAGAAGUCAAACGGAUCAGGAAAAUAUUAUGACGGGUAUGACAACGAAAAGGUACGGUACCGAGAAAACUUAACUGAUCGUCAAAAGUACCAUGAGAUUAUUUCUGAGUCAACAAAAUAUCGCGACGAGUCACCCAAACACAGAGAAAUGCGAGAUGGAUACAGAGAAUACUCACCUGAGAGAAGCCCAAGAAACAAAUACUCACCUUCGUAUGAUGAUCAUCGAGAUUUCAAAAUUGAACGUGACUAUCGAGAUCCAAUGAAAGCAUCCUCCAACAGAGAACCGCCAUACACACGAACCGAUAGUUCUGAUGAUCGCUACAGAUCUGGAUACAGUGAUCGCAGAGCAUACAAAGGAACCGACCCAAUGCCGUUUAACGAGCCAAUUGAUAAAAAUGGUAAAGUCCCUCUAGCACGUUUCAAAUCAUCCGACGAGUCCAAAUAUAGCCGUGAUAGAUACGAUGACCGAUGGGAACGACAACCGAUGUAUCCUGAAGACCGUAGCUCUGACGAUAAAUACCGAGAUGCAUCUGCGCGCUACCGGGAGGAUAUAAGAAAAUCACCGGUAAUGAAGAAAAUAGAAGCACGCGCGAAAAUGGUUGAGAUUAAGACUAGUUCGCCAGAGUCAACAAUUCGCAAAGUUUCCCCUAAGGAUAGAUUCCAAAACGCGAAGGAAAAGUUUCAGCAAAUGGAGCGCGAUCGUAACGAAGAGGAACGCAUCGAAAGGGAACGCCAGGAGCGCGAGCAGAUGUUGCACAAUAAACGAGUUUCGGAGGCUCCUAGAAGAAGUUCCAUCGAACCGGUGGUCGUGAGCUCGCACGAAAGUAACGGUUGGAGUUCCGAAGAAGAGGAAGAAGUACAGGACAGACGCACGAGAGGACCGCCACGUUCGUCUAAUAGUGGUGGUUAUCGUGAGCUGGACACCGUUGAUCGUUACCCAGGACUCGACCGUGAGCCUCCAAUGUCUUCGUCGCGAAUGAUGCCUGCCAAGAGCCUCGGCAAUCUGGCCAAAGGGUAUCGCCAUAGUUACGCGGAGCCACGGCCUCCGCCGGUGUCGAGAAGCAGUGGCCGUGUAGGGCUUGCCGCAGUCAAUCCAUAUUGAAAUAGUGCUGUAGUUUAUUUUGUAUGUAAAGGCAGUGUGUUUUCUUCUUUGUUGCAUGCAGUUGUAAUGUGUACAUAAUAUAAAAUAAAUACACGGAGUUGUCAGUUCAGCGACGGUUUCUUGAGCUGAAUGGAGAUACAACGACUUAUCUUUAGCUAAUGCUCACAUGGUGUACACGCAAUACAUGUUUUGAAGUGCCUUAUAGUAAUAAUCAACGUGGAGUGAAAUAAAUUGUCUAAAUACUGUUGUAAAAUUUAUAAUCACGCAAAGAUAUAAAAUAAAUAAUUAGAAAACCUAAA